AUGUCUAAUCGCACCCUGAAGACCUCCGCGCCCCGCAAGUCCGACGUGCCCCCGGGCUACGUCGCCGACAUGUCCAAGGGCCCCAUGCUCCGCUACGAAGCCUCGCUCCCGCGCCUCCCCUCCGUCGAGCCGCACCUCACCCCGGCCGAGUUCGCGACCACGAAGGCGGCCGUCGACGCGUUCGUCGUCUCGGACCAGGCGAAGGUCCUGCAGGAGCGCCUCCAGGCGCGUGCAGCGGACCCCGAGCGCGCGAACUGGCUUGCGGAGUGGUGGAACGAGGCCGCGUACAUGGGCUACCGCGACCCGGUAGUCGUGUUCGUGAGCUACUACUACGUCCACGUCGACGACAGGACGCGGCCGAGCCAAGCAAGGCGCGCCGCGCAGCUGCUCGUAAAGACGCAGCUGCUCGAGCCGGAGAAGGUGCGCGGGGCGCCCUUGGCGAUGAAGUCGUACGAAUGGCUCUUCCACACGAGCCGUAUACCCAAGAAGCCCUCCGAUACCGCUAAGGCAUACCCCUUUACCAACAACCAUGUUGUGUUUACCCGCAAGAACAAGUGCUUCAAAGUCCCUCUCGCGGACGAGAGCGGACAGGAACUGUCGGCGGCGGAACUGGAGGUGCAGAUCGAGCGCAUCAUUCGGAUGGCUGGCAGCGAGAAGGCUCCCGCCGUCGGUGCGUUGACCUCCGAGAACCGUGAUGUCUGGACCGACGCUCGUGAAGCUCUUCUUGCCGCAUCGCCCAAGAAUGGAGCUACGCUCGAGGAAAUCGAGUCCGCGAUGGUCGUCGUCUGCUUAGAUGACUACUCCCCCGUUACCCGUGAACAAGCAAGCUGGGCUUGCUGGGUCGGCGAUGGUAGGAACCGCUUUUACGACAAGCAUCAAGUCAUCGUCUUCGAGAACGGCAAGUCGGGCUUCCUCGGCGAGCACUCGUGCAUGGACGGCACCCCGACGCUGCGCAUGAACGAGUUCAUGCUCGCCUCGCUCGCCGCGAACAAGGUCGACCUCGGCGCGCCGCGCACCGCCGCGACCGCAUCCUCGCUCGCGCUGCCCACGGAGCUCACGUUCGAGCUCGACGCGAAGACGCGCGCGAACAUCGCGCAGGCGGAGAAGGCGUUCGACGCGCUCGUCGGCGAGCACGACAUGGAGGUCCUCCACUACGAGGGCUACGGCAAGGAGUGGAUCAAGACGCAGAAGGCGUCCCCGGACGCGUGGGCGCAGCUCGUCAAGCAGCUCGCGUUCCACAAGAUGUUCGACCGGCCGGGCGUGUGCUACGAGAGCGCGCAGACGCGCAAGUACCAGCUCGGGCGCACGGAGGUCAUCCGCGCCGCGAGCAAGGAGAGCAAGGCGUGGGCCGAGGCGAUGCUCGACCCCACCCAGACGGACGAGCACCGCGCCGCGCUCUUCCGCAAGGCGGUCUCGCGCCACCUCCAGUACGCCGCGUGGGCCGCGGACGGCCAGGGCGUCGACCGGCACCUGUUCGGGCUCAAGAAGUGCCUCGAGGACGGCGAGCCCGUGCCGGCGCUGUACGCCGACCCGGCGUUCUCGCGCACGAACCACUGGGAGCUCUCGACCUCGCAGCUCUCGUCGCCGUUCUUUGACGGCUGGGGCUACGGCGAGGUCGUCCCCGACGGCUACGGGCUCUCGUAUUCGAUCGGGGACGGCUACAUCCGCUGGACGAUCACGAGCCUCAAGCGGCGCACGGCGGAGCUCAAGCACUACCUGGCCGAGGCCGCGACGGAGACGCGGGCGAUGAUGGAAAACGCGGCAAAGGCGGCGGCGAAGAAGGAACAUUCGAAGCUCUGA